ACCUUCGUGCCCUUACGCCCUUGUCUCUUCCUGCUCCUCGGGCGAGCCCAUACCACACAGCAUGCGCGGUGUCCCAACGCUCGCGGGGCCGCUCCCCAUCAACUCGACCAGCUACUGCAACCGCACCUCGACCGUCACCUACGGCGCACGGUGGGACCCCCUCUUUACCGAAAACGACUACACCUGUGAAUUCCCUCCGCGGAGCCCGCUCGCCCUCCUGGCGCCGCAUUCCUCCGCCACCGCCGGCCAGCACGGCGCAGACGGAACUCUAGAAACUUCCGCCGUCAAGCGAUUGCAACAGCUCGUGCUGCAGCCGAAGCCGAAACGCCGAGUCCCCAGCUACGGCUGCACGCUCCUACCUUCGCCCGCACACAUGAACUUUGAGAACGGCUGCGGGCUGAUUCCGUCGAUGCGGCGCAUGUCGAACCGAACGUGCAUUCUCCCCGACGAAGUGCAGGAGUCCGCCGCGUGGAGGUGGAGGGGAAUGGACGACUGGAGGUUCGUCGUUGUCAACCGCGGAGAGGAAGAGUGGUGCGAGUGGUGGCAGGAGAUCGCGAAUAUCGCCCACGCGCUGCAUUAUGUUUGCAUUUUCUCCGGAGUGAUGUCGAGUCAUCCUGGAAAAGAUGGUACGGUGGAGGCUAUCGCAUGGGGAGCAGACGAAGAGAAGGGGCUGAGGUGGUGCUUGAGGUAUUCAGAGAGAGGCUGGGGAGAGCAGUUGUUUGAUGAGCUUUGCUUGGGAGUCUGAUGUGUACGAUACCAUGCUACAGACGAACGUACGAUACCUCGCUACGCAUAUGAACCACAUAUAUUAGGAUGUAUGCUGUAGUCUACGGCGGUAACGCUCCAGGAGCAGAAUUAAAGUUCAAG